GUAGUUGCUUUGCCAUUUACCAAACUGUACUGUUCAAAAACAUUUGAAUUCUGUUUUCCAAGUUUUAAAACGUCAUACUAUUAAAUAUUUUACUACAAUACUUUGCAUUUAUUCUGAGUUCAAAGUGCUGUAUAUGUACACCAUUUAAAGAUUACUAUAUUUGAUAAAAGGGUUUUGUUGAUAACUCUAAUGCUCAUGUUAUAUAUUUCAAGCACAUGGAUGACAGUGUAAAAUAAGUUAUUCCACAUUUCGUCAUUAUUAUGGUACUUUAGCUUUAAUAUUCUCAUCAGCUGUCUUAUAGGCAUUGUCCUUUGCAUUUACCCCAUCCUUUACCGUCUCUACAGCACGUCUACAAGCCUUCAAGAUACUGAGCGGACAGUAAGACAGUUUAUACUCCUUCACAGCCCUGAAACUGAGUUUCCUGUUAUGGCAAAUUUUCAAACCAGGAUUCUUCAUCUGGAUCUUUUUGUCAUCAUUAUUCUCCUGACUUACACAGAUUAUUCCAAAUCAAAUCAAGAGCAAAGGAUUCGGCAGCACAUCAACAAAACUGUGUUUGUGGGGGAAACAGUUACACUUCACUGCAACAAAACCCCAUUUGAUGAUGUUUUAACAUGGAAAAUGAACAAGUCUGUUAUUUUUAGUCACGACUCGAACAGUAACAGAACUCUGACAAACUUCAGCUCAAACAGGAUUCACAUCAACCCAGCAGUUCCAAGAGCAUUAAAAAUACAUCAAAUACAAGCGUCUGAUGCAGGAAACUACACCUGUUAUCCAGCAGAAAUAAGAUGGACUUUAACAAUAACAGAAAACAGACCAGCGUCACCCAGACAAAUGUCGCUCUACAUCAUCAUCAUCAUCUCAUGUUCUGGAGUCAUUAUGAUCUUUCUGAUAAUCACCAUCAGCUUCUGCAUUCACAGGAAACUGAGGCAGAAGACGAACUCUGGCCUCAGUGAAACAGUCCAGGAGAAUGUGAAGAUAAUAUCUCACUGUGACAAACACACAAUAACAGCCUGUGUAAGUCACCCACCUACACACAGUUGAACUUGUUCACCACAUCAUGUCUCUUCACUGUCCCCGUCUAUCUCUGACCCCCAUAGCUGCAAAACAAAACAAACAGAGACACACACACUUCUUGAUGGAAAAACUACUUCUUUGAAAACUGGAGCUGAAAUGCCUUUUGUUUGUGUUUCACUUGUUUAGUCUUUGUUUUCACCAGGUCUACAGUCUUCAUACAGUCUCUUGAACAAGAUCUCUCCUUCUCAAGACAUCAGUUUAUGUGUCUGCCACUCAUCAGAUCAGCAUCUCAAUACAGGGAGAUGUUUUAGUCAUUUUCAUGGGUUCCCAGGUGGAAAAAAAUAAAUCUCUAUAAUGUACUUAAAGUGCUCUAUUUUUGUGCACUAAUUUUGUACUUAAU